UAUAUAUAUGACGUGAGUGAGGUGCUCAGUGAGAAUAGCUCACAAUCAGUGAAAAUGAUUCAUUCGAAGCAUCAACAAUCGACGCAUCAACAGCAUCAGCAGCAGAACAUGCGAAAAUCUGUGGGCGUUAUGGGUACUAGACGCAUUUUCACAACAGCUUUUAAAAUCAAGGUCCUGGAUUCUUAUAGACACGACAAGGAUUGCCGUCAGAAUCAACGUGCCACUGCGAGGAAAUAUGGUAUUCAUCGUCGUCAAAUACAAAAAUGGCUACAGUGUGAGGAACAGCUCAGGAGUAGCGUUGAAAAUGGAAAUGCUGGAACUGCCUCGACCAUUUCUCCUGCGGGUCCUCAAUCGGAUGGUACUAUGACGGAAGUUACAGGGAAUACCGUGACUCCAGCAACGCCGGCCUUGAACCUCAACCUCGCCAGACAGCACGGCGACGAGCUGACUACACAGCAAGGGCCCCCACCUCCUCAUCCUCCGCAUGGCAGUGCACCCUCCUCGCCCCAAUAUAGUCGUCAGACUACUACCAUCGGCACGACUUUGCCCCUAUGCGUCGCAUCCGUAGGUUAUCAAGAAUAUUCAUCGGAACAACGUCUUCAUUUAGAGCUCGAGGACAAAGUUCAUAUGCCAGAGAUUCACGGAUAUCCAGGCACGCAAGUAGAUCAAGAUCGUAAUUAUUACGUAUUAAAUGGAGAUGGACAGCGAGAUGUGGAAGCAGCUUCGGUAUUUAGCAGUAGGAAUGAGGUGAAGGUAUAUCAAACUUUGACAAGUUACCAUUCGCCAUCUCAAGAGCACAGAUAUGACGUGAACGAUAUCAACAAUAGCAUGCAUAAUCAUUCGCCGAAUCAUCAUCCGCAGCAACGGGAACAAAGUUAUGGAAAUGUCGAUUCAUUCGACGGGAGAUCAUACGGCUUGCUACUAGCGCCGUCGAUGAUAAAGACAGAGCCAGCGAGCCCAGACAUAGCGGCGACGUCAGGACCGUACAAAUCGACAGAUUCCCCCGGUGGUUCACGGGCCCCACUCUCGCCGAUAUCGCAUCGAGCCACCGAUAGCAGCGAUUCGUCCGUUCACUUUGUUGAUUCCUCACGAGCCCCUGCGAGUCCGUACUUGCACGUGCACGUGCAUGAACACGCACACCCAUGCUCACCGCUCAAUUCCGAGAAGUCGAUCCCAUCGCUUCUACACCAGCGGGAGAGAGAGUCAGACGAGACGCAGCAUAUCGACGAGAAGAAGGAGGAAGAGACGUUGGAAAAAACAGAAUACUGUACGGCGAUGGUCAAGGAAGAAGUACACUUGGAUGAGGAAGAAAUAUAUGAUGAAGGAGAAGAGGCUAUCGCAUCCUCGUGCAUUGAUUAUCGACGACCACCUACCGGUGAAUCAUUAGCAGGUAGUUUAGGACCGGUAAGUCCUAUGUACGAUCGUAACGGUUAUUCUUUGCCGUCAAGCCCUCGUGAUUCUGUUAGCAUCGGAAGAUACAGGAGUAGCUGCUCGGACAGCGAAAUGGAUCCUCUCAUUUCGGUUGGCAGCUUGAAUUCAUCCAGCAAUUUCACUCGCAGACGAUCUUUCCCAUUGCGUUUUAAACUUGACGUUCUCGAUGCUUUCCAUCGAGAUAAGGAAGUAAAGGAGAAUCAACGAGCUACUGCUAGAAAAUUCGGUAUAAAUCGUCGGCAAGUACAGAAGUGGUUAGAACAAGAAACGGAACUCAGAGAUGAAAUCGCUCUUCGAGGAGAUUCACGUCAACGACUGGGUCCUGUCCAGGAUGUCGCUUCCGGUGAUUCACCAUUGGAUUUGACGACGACAAAUUACGUUCCGAACUGCGUUUCGCUACGUGAUCGGUUUGAGAUAGAACAUGAACGAUCGUCUUCGCAUUUUUAUCGCUGCGAUGUUAGUUCCGCUUCUCCUCAACAUUCUUAUCAACACGUUACUAAGGUGGAAUCAAUCUCCGAAAUAGAAGCUGUAGGGCCUUGCAAUCUUUCUUGCUCCGUAGAUAGCCAUACGACGACUUCGACGACAUCUUCUUAUCAAGAAUUGUCUUUUAGAGAAUUCUGCUCUAUGGAGUCUUCAGUUAAAGCACAUUGUUAUUCACCCAGAGCAAAUUCCGAAGUUUCUAAUCUUUCUGAAGGAUGCGAACAAAGAUUUUCGCCGCUGAAAAGACAGCAUUGUCUGCUUCCUUGCUGUUAUGAUGCAGUGUCAUCACCAAAAAGAUAUUGCGAAAGGUCUUUGGAUAUAGACGAUUGUUACGAUGUACCUCCUCAAGAUACACCUCUUUGUCUCGUGAAACCGAGGUCGACCCGGGAAUCUUCACCCUCCCGAACAGAAUUGAUUCUGAAAUCAAGUACUGUAUCAACUUCGAAUAAUCCGGACGCUAUCACUUUCAAGCCUUACUUAGACAAUCCCGUGAGCAAGCCUGCGAAAAAAUGUGCCGAUCAACGCGAUCUAUCUCCUAUCAGCGGCCACAAUGUUAAUAACAACAACAAUAAUAAUAAUAGUUACAACAACAAUUGCCAAAUAAUUUGUAACUUCAACGAGAAUCAAAGUCGCAACUAUGAUUACGAGCUUAAUUUGCGAGUACCGGUUUCCUGGAGACCUGAUAUAGGUUUGUAUACAGGGUUUCCGCAAGGGAGUGCGUUUGUCAGCGUAUCUUCACUCUAUAUGUAACUUCCUCUUUCGCACCCUUCCCCAUCCUUCUAUUCUAAUCAUACGCAGAGAACGGAAACUAGCAGAUUCAUAUAAUGAUAAAUAAUCAUGUCUAUAUUUUUUUUCUUUCAUUUAAUUUUAAACGCACUUGUUUUAAAGCUUAAAGAAGAGGGGACAACGAUUGGAUCAUGCGUUAUAUUUAAUUAACUUGUGGAUAUAAAAAUCGAGCGCGCAAGUUUCUCGGGUGAAAAUUUGUCAGCGAAAGAUCGAUCGGUACGUGAUCUACCACACGUAGCAGCCUACAUAAGCAUUUAUCGUUUUCGCGGAUCGUCGGUGCCGCGUUAUACAUCGCGAUAAAGUCUUAAUCGGACGAGCCGAGGCGUGGAAGGAGAUUAUACAUGGUCGCGUCCUCGGCUGGUGUCUUCUUCCAACAUCAUCAGACUUUCUCGACCCUCUCUCCCUCCAUCGUCCCACCUCGCUCCACGAAAAAAAGUACAUACAGAUAUCCUGGCGAAUCUUUUUCUCACCGCUUUAUCAUCGAGAUUAGAACCUGGUGGUUAUCGCACGGCUAGGCCGUUUAGAGGUCGAAUGCGUUUGCUAUAAUUAUACAAUUAUGUCAGCGCAGCCAUUGCAUCGAAAGUUCGCGGAAAGAAAUGCCGAAGCAUUCUCGCGUGAAACAUGAUGGAUCAUUGUGCAGCAUGAUAUAUGUAAUAACUAGAAAUGAACAUUAUAUAUAACGAACUUUUAUUAAGGAAAUUGAAAAACUUUAAUUUACAUUUCUCCUUGUAAAGUAGUUUUGAUAACGUUUUUUAUAGCACAUUUAGUUUAGCAAAUUUUCAAUUUUGUUCAUUUUUUCUUCAUAUUUUUAAUAUUGCAUAUCAUGCUAAUAUUGCAUAGAUAAUAUUGCAUUACGUCAGACAAAAAACAGAGCUUUCAAAUUAUAAGUUUCUUACAUUUUCCUUGUUCACAUAGAAAACUAUCUGCUGGUGGCAGGUAGAUUGCACGAUUUCUUGGUAGUAUACAUGACGUGCCAUUCAUGUUUUCUGCGAACUCGUGUGAUUGUAUUAAUUACCGAUAGCGAAUAUGCAGCCGAUCUGCGAAAAUCAUUUAAUUGCUCAAACAAUUUCUUCCAUAUGCGUAUAUGCGUCACGCGCAUAGCAUUAGUAUAAUAUUACAACAGUACUUGUCAUUGCUCUUCUAUCCCCCUUUUCUCACUGUUUGGCAAUUGUUGUCUACUUCUCGUACUCACUUUUUGUUGUUUUCUGUUAAAUGGUCUUAUGUAAAUAUGUAAAUAUGUAAAUAUUGAGAGAAGACCGGGAGAAAACGUGACUAUCGUAUUCCGUCGCAUCAGAGAUUUCUGGGAUGUAUACUUGGUAGCGUAUAUCAUAGUGUUAUUUUAAAAAAAGUUUAAAUAAUCGAUAUCUCCAUUGGGAGAAAUAAGCUAUUUUUAUACGAUCCCGUCAGAAAAAAAGAAAAAAAAAAAAA